AUGGGAACAAAAAUCCAUCAGAGGGGUGAAUAUCGAGUAUUAUAUAAUUUCGUCAGGGCAAGUCGAAACUUUAACUGCGACGAAUCUAUUACGUUGGCUGCACCAGGGGACUUCAGAUUUUUAGAUAACAUUGCCCCUCUGGCGAAAAUUUGGAGAGGUCCAAUAAGUAUUGCGUUAUACGCCCCUGGACAUGAUUUAAACACAACUUUACGGUACAUUGCAUAUAUCAGGCACUGCACCAAUGACUACGUGAAGGAGCUUGUAACAUUCCAUGUGUUCUUUGAAAAUGCACAUAUAGAAAAGAUGAACACACCAAUUAUAAAUUUAUAUAAUGAUUAUUAUGACUGCACAUCACACCCUUUACAAAAUUUUAACGAAUCACUAAUGUACAAAAACCAAAACAAUCUACUGUUCCCUAUAAAUGUUGCAAGAAAUAUCGCCAGGGAAACGGCCAAUACGCACUUUAUAUUAUCAUUAGACAUUGAACUAUUUCCGACACCAAAUUUUAUCAAAAGUUUCAUGGACUUGGUCAAGAGAAGACCAAAAUUAUUUUCCGUAAAAAAGAGAAACGUAUUUGUUUUACCUAUAUUCGAGGUAUUAUCAAAUGCUCAAAUUCCACAGAAAAAAACUGAACUUCAAAAAAUGUACUUAAACAAAACAGCAUUUUGGUUUCAUGAAAAACUAUGUAAAAAAUGUCAUUAUGUUAUCAAAUGGAAGGAGUGGAUGGCACAGGCUGAAACAAAAAAUCUUGAUGUGUUUGCAUCCGGUAAAAGGAUUGAUUAUCACAAAGGUUGGGAGCCUUUUUUUAUAUCAACACAUAGAGAACCCAUAUUCGACGAACGUCUUACUUGGGAGGGCCAAGGCAAUAAAAUGAGUCAAGCAUAUGCACUAUGUUUGAUGGACUAUAAAUUCAAUGUUUUAAACAACGCAUUUCUUGUUCAUAAGCCGGGAUUAAAGAAAAAGAAAAAGCAGCUUCUGGAAUAUCAGUCUUUGGUUAAUAGAACUGAAACACUUUUGAACUCUAUAAUAAAAUAUGAACAUAUUAAAUUGUACGGUAAUAACAGCAGAUGUGUUGUAAAGGUUACUUAA